AUGUUUGGGUCUACCAUGGCACUGGAUUUUGUAGUGGUUUUCUGCUUGGCAUCUGCAAUUGCAGCAGUGGAAGAAACCUUGAUGGAUACCCGGACGGCUACAGCUGAGCUGGGCUGGACUGCAAACCCUCCUUCAGGGUGGGAAGAAGUCAGCGGCUAUGAUGAGAACCUGAACACCAUCCGCACUUACCAGGUGUGCAACGUCUUCGAACCCAAUCAGAACAACUGGCUCCUCACCACGUUCAUAAACAGAAGGGGCGCUCACCGCAUCUACACCGAGAUGCGCUUCACUGUGCGGGACUGCAGCAGCCUCCCCAACGUCCCUGGCUCCUGCAAGGAAACCUUCAACCUGUACUACUAUGAGACGGACUCUAUCAUUGCCACCAAGAAGUCGGCCUUCUGGACGGAGGCGCCCUACCUCAAAGUGGACACAAUUGCUGCUGAUGAGAGCUUCUCUCAGGUGGACUUUGGGGGCCGGUUAAUGAAGGUGAACACCGAGGUGAGGAGCUUCGGACCCCUCACCCGCAAUGGCUUUUACCUCGCCUUCCAGGACUAUGGGGCUUGCAUGUCACUGCUCUCGGUCAGGGUUUUCUUCAAGAAGUGCCCGAGCGUGGUGCAGAACUUUGCCAUCUUCCCAGAGACCAUGACUGGGGCAGAGAGCACCUCUCUGGUGAUUGCACGUGGCACCUGCAUUCCCAAUGCCGAGGAGGUGGAUGUGCCCAUUAAGCUGUACUGCAAUGGUGAUGGGGAGUGGAUGGUUCCCAUUGGCCGCUGCACUUGCAAGGCCGGCUACGAGGCUGAGAACAACGUGGUCUGCAAAGCUUGUCCAGCAGGGAUGUUUAAGGCCAACCAGGGCGUGGGGACCUGUGCCCAGUGUCCCACCAACAGUCGCUCCACGUCGGAGGCCUCUCCCAUCUGCACCUGCAGGAAUGGCUACUAUCGUGCUGAUUUUGACCCACCAGAGGCAGCCUGCACCAGUGUCCCAUCAGGGCCCCGCAACGUUAUCUCCAUUGUCAAUGAGACGUCCAUUAUCCUAGAGUGGCACCCACCCCGGGAGACAGGCGGGCGUGAUGACGUGACCUACGACAUCGUCUGUAAGAAGUGCCGGCCUGACCGCCGCAGCUGCUCCCGCUGCGAUGACAACGUGGAGUUUGUACCCAGGCAGCUGGGCCUGACGGAGACCCGGGUCUUCAUCAGCAGCCUCUGGGCCCACACGCCAUACACCUUCGAGAUCCAGGCUGUUAAUGGCGUCUCUGGCAAGAGCCCCUUCCCCCCGCAGCAUGUGUCGGUGAACAUCACCACAAACCAAGCUGCUCCCUCCACAGUUCCCAUCAUGCACCAGGUAAGUGCCACCAUGAGGAGCAUCACGCUGUCGUGGCCUCAGCCAGAGCAGCCCAACGGCAUCAUCCUGGACUACGAGAUCCGUUACUAUGAGAAGGUGAGCCGGAUCUGCCACCCCGAGAUCAGCAGCACUGUGGGCUCACAACCAGCCACCGACCACAAUGAGUACAAUUCGUCCAUGGCCAAGAGUCAGACCAACACAGCCAGGAUUGAGGGGCUGAGGCCUGGCAUGGUGUAUGUGGUACAGGUGCGAGCCCGGACAGUGGCUGGCUAUGGGAAAUACAGCGGGAAAAUGUGCUUCCAAACACUGACAGAUGAUGACUACAAGUCGGAACUGAGGGAGCAGUUGCCUUUGAUCGCAGGGUCUGCAGCAGCUGGUGUGGUCUUCAUUGUCUCGCUGGUGGCUAUUUCAAUCGUCUGCAGCAGGAAGCGGGCUUACAGCAAAGAGGCCGUGUACAGUGAUAAAUUACAGCAUUACAGCACUGGCCGAGGCUCUCCAGGGAUGAAGAUCUACAUUGACCCCUUCACUUAUGAGGACCCCAACGAGGCUGUCCGCGAGUUUGCCAAGGAGAUUGACGUCUCCUUCGUGAAGAUUGAAGAAGUCAUUGGAGCAGGGGAGUUUGGAGAAGUGUAUAAAGGACGUCUGAAACUGCCCAGCAAGAGGGAAAUCUAUGUGGCCAUUAAGACAUUAAAGGCUGGCUACUCUGAGAAGCAGCGUAGGGAUUUCCUGAGUGAGGCCAGCAUCAUGGGACAGUUUGACCACCCAAAUAUCAUUCGGCUGGAAGGAGUGGUGACCAAAAGCCGGCCAGUCAUGAUCAUCACAGAGUUUAUGGAGAAUGGAGCUCUGGACUCCUUUCUGAGGCAAAACGACGGGCAGUUCACAGUCAUCCAGCUGGUGGGGAUGCUCAGGGGAAUUGCUGCGGGAAUGAAGUACCUUGCGGAGAUGAACUACGUGCACCGGGACCUUGCCGCCAGAAACAUCCUGGUCAAUAGUAACUUGGUGUGCAAAGUGUCUGACUUUGGCCUCUCACGCUACCUGCAAGAUGAUACCUCUGACCCAACCUAUACCAGCUCUUUGGGUGGGAAGAUCCCGGUGAGGUGGACAGCCCCCGAGGCCAUCGCCUACCGCAAGUUCACCUCCGCCAGUGAUGUCUGGAGUUACGGCAUUGUCAUGUGGGAAGUGAUGUCCUUUGGAGAGAGGCCGUAUUGGGACAUGUCCAACCAAGAUGUAAUCAAUGCAAUUGAGCAAGAUUACCGUCUUCCCCCUCCUAUGGACUGCCCAGCUGCCCUGCACCAGCUCAUGCUAGACUGCUGGCAGAAAGACCGCAACACCCGCCCUCGCUUCACCGAGAUAGUCAACACCCUAGAUAAAAUGAUCCGCAACCCGGCAAGCCUCAAAACUGUGGCUACCAUCACCGCUGUGCCUUCUCAGCCACUGUUAGACCGCUCCAUCCCAGAUUUCACUGCCUUUACCUCAGUAGAAGAUUGGUUAAGCGCCAUUAAAAUGAGCCAGUACAGAGACAACUUCCUGACUGCUGGCUUCACCUCCCUCCAGCUUGUUGCCCAGAUGACCUCAGAAGAUCUCCUGAGAAUAGGGGUGACUUUGGCCGGACACCAGAAGAAGAUUCUGAACAGUGUCCAGUCUAUGAGAGUACAGAUGAGUCAGUCUCCAACCUCGAUGGCAUGA